AUAUUAGGAUUAUGACAAAAAAAUGCUAUUAAAGACCCUUUUCACAAAGUAGCCAUUUUGUAAUUCAUUUGUCAUUUGCUUGUAAUAACAUUAGUAUGUUUACUUUCCAUCCCCAGUCGUGAGAUGAAAAUGUUCCGAAGGAAUAUUUCUUUCUAGGAUAACCAGAUCGAGCACUCCAAGGAAUCGAUUCCCUUUCCAAAUGAGCUUGCUUCAUAUGUUCCAACAUAAGUCAUAUACCUAUCUAGUAAGUAUUUUAUUCGGUGAGGAAACCUGGAACUUGUCCAAAAGGUUUCUGUUCCAAGAGAAAUAAUAGGUGGUACAUGACAUACUUAAGGAAAAGCAACUCUUUCCCCUUUUUGCCAUAAUAUUCCUGCCUAACUGGAAUUUCCUUGCAUAAGGCCUUCCUAAGAAGCUAUAAGGAAACCCUUCAUCCAAAGCCUAAAACUAUUGACUUGAACUACAAGACAAUCAAUCUCUAAUGCCAAGAAUACUCUUCUACCACCGAUGCAUUACCUCCCUUUCUUUCCCAUCUUUCUUCCCCAUUUAUAACAUGAUUACAACGCCAAUGAAUAUGACCAAAAACCUUGCGCUGAAAACUGUCAGCCUUAUUGAUCGCAACUUGAAAUGGAGGCUUUCAGUGUAUGCCAAGAAGUGUCAACAGAAAUUGUGUUUUUCGACCUAGAAACAACGGUGCCUAACAGAAGCGGACAACGAUUCUUCGUAUUGGAGUUUGGCGCAAUUGUAGUUUGUCCAAGGAAGCUCGUCGAGCUGGAGAGUUAUAGUACCCUGAUAAGGCCUAAGGACUUGUCUGUUGUUCCAGUGAGGUCCGGUCGAUGUGAUGGGAUUACUAGAGAAGCUGUUGCAAAUGCACCUGAAUUUGAGCAAGUUGCUGACAAAAUAUUCAGCAUUUUGAAUGGUAGGGUUUGGGCGGGCCAUAACAUCCAGAGAUUCGAUUGUGUUCGUAUUAAGGAGGUCUUUGCUGAGAUUGGUAGGCCUGCUCCUGUAUCUGUUGGGAUCAUUGAUUCUUUAGGAGUAUUGACUGAGAAGUUUGGAAGAAGAGCUGGUAAUAUGAAGAUGGCAACCUUGGCUUCUUACUUCGGGCUUGGGCAGCAAAAGCACAGGAGCCUGGAUGAUGUUCGAAUGAACUUGGAGGUUCUAAAGCAUUGUGCAACUGUGCUCUUUUUGGAAGCGAGCCUCCCUAGCAUGUCAAACGGCAGCUGGCACAGCCCCCCAACGAUAACGACACGGAGUAGAAGCAAUACAGGGAAACUGACAUACAGAGAAGAAACCAGCAAGAAAUCUCCCCCAACUUCUCCAGGACAUCAAAGAACAGUACCCUACACAAGGGGAAGUUUGGGAAAGAUGACUGAACGAGUCAAGAAUCUUUUGUGUAAAGCCCAAGGAAGCCAGCCUCUUAACAAUUUGCUUAAGCAUUCUCAUUCAGUGCUCCGAUGAGUUCAGAAGAAGGCGGUCUCCGAUUGAUCACAUGCCAUAUAUUGUGGAUCCUUGUUCAAUUUUCUUCUCCACUUGCAGCUGAUAAAAUUUCACAUGGGAAGAAUGGACAUAAACAGAAGAUUGCAAAUUAAUGGGAAUGUUCCGUGUAAUUCAGAGAGACAGAGUCCCUGUGAAAGGUUCCCCUUCAAUUAACAUGGCAUGCAGAAUUCAAAAGGGUGUUUCCCUGCUUAUUAAUUUGAUGAAUUCUUUCAAAAUAAUGAAAACUUUACACAUCCUUUCUUUGUGAAUUUA